CCAGUGUCCAUGGUUGAUUCACGUGACGAUCUGAAAACGAGGUCUGAAUCUCUGUUCACCUUUGUGGUCGAUACAUAAGGAACCAGCCCGAGUUCAGCAAGUUCUCACUGGCAUUUGCAGAAAGGACGCUGGCGGCUGCACGAUUUCGUGGAGGUUCAGAAAAUGGCUGCGGAUGAAGACUUCAUGAACACAAACACCACAAACACAACCUCAGACCCAAAUUAUUAUUCCGAUACCUAUGGAGAUGAAGUCUGUGACAAAACAAGCACCUUGCUGUUUGGCUCGAUCUUCACCCCGGUGUUCCUCUCCAUCGUGGUGGUCCUCAGUCUGGUCGGCAACAUCCUGGUGAUUGUGAUCCUCGCCAAGUAUGAGAAUCUCAAGCUGCUCACCAACGCCUUCAUCCUGAACCUGGCUGUGUCGGACCUCUUCUUCACCGCCGGUCUGCCCUUCUGGGCCUACUACAGCCUGGACGGAUGGCAUUUAGGGGAAGCUGCGUGCAAAACAGUGAACUUUGUCUUCUACGUUGGCUUCUACAGCAGCGGUGUCCUCCUCAUCCUGAUGACCGCUCAUCGCUACGUGGCUGUCAUGAACCCUCUGUCUGACAUCGUGUCAACCUCCGGCUUCUACAGCGUCUUAGCCUCUGUGAUCAUCUGGGCGGCAAGUAUCUUCAUCGCCAGUCCGGCCUUCGUCUUCACCAAAGUCAUGGACGAGAAACACUGUGUCUUCGCAAACUCUUACUGGAGCUUAAUUGGAAUCUACCAGCAGAAUAUCCUCUUCCUGCUGAGUGCUCUGGUUUUCACCUUCUGCUAUUGUCAGAUCAUCUGCAGGCUGGUGCGUCCUACUGCCCGGAGGAGAAAGAACAAAACCUUGAAGCUCAUUUUCACCCUCAUGGUCGUGUUCUUUGUGGGAUGGGCACCUUACAACAUAGUGAUUUUUCUAAAGUCAUUUAGUCUCUGGAAGAAGCCAGCGGUUAACUCAGAGGUCUUGGCUGCAGCUUGUGAGGCAGAGACACCCCUGGACUAUGCUUUUUACGUCUGCCGGAUUAUGGCCUUUUCACACUGCUGCCUCAACCCUGUGUUUUAUGUGUUUGUGGGGGUUAAAUUCAAGAAUCACCUGAAGAAGAUGCUGAAGAGCAAGGCCCACAGCACGAGUCACAUCCGCAGUAGACACAGCCGACUCACAAUCACAUCGGUGACGAGUGGGGAAGAGUUCUCCGUGCAUUCGCUGUAGCUCUUGAAGAGAUAAAUGGACCUUUCCUGUCAGGGCUCCCGCUUUGGAACCAUCUUCACCUGGCAAACUCCUCCUCCUCUUACAAACCUAUUUUAAAGACACAAUCUUAUAUUUGAGCAUUCUCUUUUAAUAAUUUUAUCAUGUUUUAUUUGGUCAUAUUUUACUUUUGCAACAUGUUUUAUUUCUGUAUCUGUGCUCUACUGCUCAGGGAUCUUCAGAUUGCUUUUAAAUGGUUUAUUAUUGUUUGUUUUUCAACUGUGUUCUAUCGUUGCCUUCAAAUGUUUUAUUUUUUAGUUCUAAAGCAAAUAUUUUUCAAAUAUUAUUAUUCAAAAUCAUAUGACUUCAAAUGACUAUAACAAGAAAACCAGGCUUGUAAUAGGCUCCAUUCCAUGCAUGAUGCCAAACAAAUGAAUUGUAAAAACCAA